ACAAGGUACAGAAUUGCAGUGUACACACACUUCCUGAUGGAGCUGCUCCUGCGAAGAACGAAAACACGCUUCUGGCAAGCCAGCUAGACGAGUUAUGAAAAAGUUAUGUGUGGCACUCAGAUGGAUAGAGAAAUAAUAUUUUUUAAAAUGGACGUUAUUACUCGAGUUUCCGUACAUGAAUAGUAGAAAAUAUCCUCAUGUCCAGAGAGCCGGCACUGGAGACAAGUCAACUGCGAAGGUAAGUUACUAGCUAACGAUAGCUAGUAAUGUCUUUAACGUUACCAUCCACCGAUAUGCUUGAAACACCUCCUGGAUACCCAUUUGAAGAAAUCAACUAUGAGGAUAUUGAAGUUGAGGAGGUGGUGGGGAGAGGAGCUUUUGGGGUUGUUUGCAAAGCCAAAUGGAAAGGCAAAGAUGUUGCAAUCAAGACCAUUGAGAGUGAAUCAGAGAGAAAAGCCUUUAUUGUUGAGCUUCGUCAGCUUUCACGUGUGAAUCACCCCAACAUUGUGAAGUUGUAUGGCUCUUGCAAUAGUCCGGUCUGCCUUGUAAUGGAAUAUGCUGAAGGUGGCUCAUUGUACAAUGUGCUGCAUGGUGCUGAACCCCUCCCCUACUACACUGCUUCCCAUGCCAUGAGCUGGUGUUUACAGUGUUCCCAAGGUGUGGCAUAUCUCCAUGGCAUGAAACCAAAGGCUCUCAUUCACAGGGACCUCAAGCCACCUAAUCUGCUUCUAGUUGCAGGUGGCACUGUGCUGAAGAUAUGUGACUUUGGAACAGCUUGCGACAUUCAGACCCACAUGACCAACAACAAAGGAAGUGCAGCAUGGAUGGCUCCGGAGGUGUUUGAAGGCAGCAAUUACAGUGAGAAGUGUGAUGUGUUCAGCUGGGGAAUCAUUCUCUGGGAGGUGAUCACUCGCAGGAAACCCUUUGAUGAAAUUGGAGGACCAGCUUUUCGCAUUAUGUGGGCUGUGCACAAUGGUACAAGACCUCCUUUAAUUAAAAAUUUGCCCAAACCCAUUGAGAGUUUGAUGACUCGCUGUUGGUCUAAAGACCCCUCUCAGCGGCCUUCCAUGGAGGAGAUAGUGAAGAUCAUGACUCAUCUAAUGAGGUAUUUCCCAGGAUCAGAUGAACAUCUGCAAUAUCCAUACCAGUAUUCAGAUGAGGGGCAGAGCAACUCUGCAACUAGUACAGGUUCAUAUGUAGACUACACUGGCACCAGCACAAGCAACAAAAGUGAUGCAAACAUGGAGCACAGUGAUUCUCAAGGUAGCAACGACACUAUCAAGAUUACGCCCCAGUUUGCACCUUAUUUCAAACCAAAGGGAGACCCACUGAGGACUCUGCCUCUGUCCAGAGGGGGCAGCAUUGAGAGUCUGCCUGCACGGACACAGUGCCUGGCGUCAUCUGACAGCAAAAGAAUGAGUGCUGAUCUGUCAGAGCUGGAGCCCAAGAUGCCAUUUGCACCUGCAGCACGCCCCCAGUAUAAACGAGGCCACCGUAAAACUGCAUCUUUUGGCACCAUUCUGGAUGUCCCCAAGAUCGUCAUCACAGCCACAUGUGAGCCACAGAGACGUCGCUCUGUGCAGGAUCUGCCAGGUAUCAGCACAGAGUCCAACCAGGGGAGUAAGAACAGCAGCCGGUCCUCCAGUCCUAGUGUGAGGAUGAUGCCACCUGAUAAGACAAGCAACAGAGGUUACUUCUCCCCUGAUGACCCCACAGACACCAACGGCUCAGACAACUCCAUUCCCAUGGCUUAUCUGACCCUGGAUCACCAGCUGCAGCCUCUUGCUCCGUGUCCCAACUCUAAAGAGUCCAUGGCUGUGUUUGAGCAGCACUGCAAGAUGGCCCAAGAAUACCUGAAAGUGCAAACAGAGAUUGCCCUGCUGAUCCAGAGAAAGAAGGAGCUCAUCGCUGAACUGGACCAAGAUGAGAAGGACCAGCAGAACACGUCUCGUCUGGUGCAGGAGCACAAAAAACUGCUGGAGGAGAACAAGAGUCUGUCCACAUACUACCAGCAGUGCAAAAAACAGCUGGAGCUGAUUCGGGUCCAGCAACAGAAGAGACAGGGCACGUCGUGAUGAGACACAGACAUAUGAACUGCUACCAUCCACCUCCUCCCCCUCCACUGUAACACUACCCACUCUCAUUCUCUGCACAUACAUACACACACACACACACACACACACACUGUCCAGCUGUGUAAUGAGACCUGCAUUCUACUGUGUCCUGCAUGUUGCAUUCAGACCCUUUCCUCCAUCCAGCAGAAAGACAUCCUCUGUACAUACAGUUGCACAUCAUGUAUCUUGUGACCGCAGAGCAGUAAGUCACUGCAGGCCAUCUCAGUCAGCCCAGGCCCUGCUGUUGUACGUCUGGAUGGACCUCUUCUUCACACAGUGUGUGAGUCUGCUGGCAGGCCGAUGAGUACAGGUUGUAUGUUUCUAGGCAAUCGCUCUCAGUGCCACUGGGCUGCCUGGUCAGUGUGUGUCCACUCUUCCAUGGGUGACUGCCACGGUGGCCUCCGGAAGUUGAACACCAGGACAAAGGCUUUUUAGCAAGAAGUGUGAAUCAUAUGUAGUUUGACCGAAAUGAGAACCUGGUCUACAGCGCACAUGUGAAAUCCCUGUUAUGCAAAAAAAAACACACACACGUUUGUACUUCUGUCUUUGUGAGGACUCUUAUUGAUGUAAUGCAUUCCCUAGCCUUCUAACUUAACCUCAGCCAUCAUAAGUAAAUGCCUAAUCCCAACCUUUACCCCAGCUCUAACUUAAACCUGAUUCUAACCUGAACCCUAAAACCAAGUCUUAACCCUCAAGCAGCCCUUUGAAGGGCCAAAAUGGCCUCACUGCUUUGGUAUAAAACUUCAACGGGUCCUCACAAAAAUAGGCUUGCAACUACACACCUUAAAUCAGCUUAUUUCUGUUCCACCUCUCCCCUAACUGACAAGGAGCAUGAAUCCUUCCCAAAACCACAAUACCUGUUUACUUCCUACAGGUCAUAAAUUCAGUUCACAGAGGGAUGGCAGACGUCACAGUUAAGUUCUCUGCUCCUCGUGCUUUUGAAAAACCACGACUAGCUUCCAGAGCAAAUCCAGGGAGCUGUGGAUUCCCAUUUUAUUUUGACUUCAGUAUUGGUUUUUGUGUGUAGAUGUUUUUGUCUUUUCUAUUCAGUAGUUCACCUUCUUAUGAGAGCUCUUGUGUCAUUUUUGCAUUAGGACAUAUUUUAUGUAGUCUGGAAAUGCCCUUUUGGACAAAACUGAGGCACCUGUACCUCCCUAUACUGUAUCUAGUUUGUUUUAGUUCACAUGUUGCCUUAGAAGUUGCCUGCAUUUUAAGUGCUUGUUUUAUGUGACAUGUAGUGGGGAUACAAGCUGAAAAAAAGAUUUUUAAUGUAAUGAACGCUGAAUGAAAUUCUUUCCGAAGGGGAGUGAGACAGAGGAAUGUCAGUAAGCCACCAGCUUUAUAUAAAGAAUUAUGACAUGUAAAGAAUGAUUCAAUGUGACAUAUUUUUGUCCCUCAAGUAAUUUUGCACAGUCAUUUCUUUUGCAGGGUCAUGUACAAAUUUUAUUUCUCAUUUAGGCAAUUGUAUUUUUAAAGUGUGAGACUUCACAAGUCUUACCCUCUGUUAGUGUGCAGGAGGGACUCUGCAGUGUUUUGUGUUUGCUAGGAAUUCAUUUAACACACACACUCAUCAGUGUUUUCUAAAUUAUUGGGAAAUGGGGGACAGUAUAUGACAGAGAGCAAUGAAUUAUGAAAUAAAUGAAUGGUGAAAAGA